GCUUCAGAACGCGCCAAGUUUGGACUUGCGCGCUUCACUGUAGAUUUGUGUUUAUAGCCAGUGUACAAAAUUAGUAAGUUAGUUAAACCAUCUAUCUUACAUAGGACAACUGCAGUUCAGGAAUUCCUGCCUCAUACGAUCAUGGCUGUGCCCUUUGUUAAAGAUUGGGAUUUGGUUCAGACUCUUGGGGAAGGAGCUUACGGAGAGGUUCGACUGCUGGUAAACAAGAAGACUGAGGAGGCUGUAGCAGUGAAAGUUGUAGAUAUGGCCAAAGCCAAAGACUGCAUAGACAAUGUGAAGAAAGAGGUGUGCAUAUGCAAGAUGCUGUCACACCCCAAUAUAGUACGUUUCUUUGGGCACAGGAGUGAAGGUACAACACAGUAUAUCUUCCUAGAGUACUGUAGUGGAGGGGAGCUCUUCGACCGAAUCGAACCAGAUGUGGGAAUGCCAGAAAAGGAGGCACACAGAUUUUUUCAGCAGUUAAUAGCAGGUGUGGAGUAUCUUCACAAUCUUGGGAUCACGCAUCGUGACAUAAAGCCUGAAAAUAUUCUUCUUGAUGAUAAAGAUAAUCUGAAGAUCUCUGAUUUCGGACUGGCUACCAUGUUCCGGCACCGUGGCAAGGAGCGUCUUUUGAACCGUCUGUGUGGCACUUUGCCUUACGUUGCUCCUGAGCUGAUGUCGCACUCGGCGUUCCACGCUCAACCUGCAGACACUUGGGCUUGUGGCAUUGUGCUCACUGCGAUGUUAGCCGGAGAGUUACCGUGGGACCAGCCGAGUGAAAACUGUCAGGAGUAUUUGGAUUGGCUGGAGAAAAAGCACUACCUGACACCCUGGAAGAAAAUUGAUGCUAUACCCCUCAGUUUAUUAUCCAAGAUGUUACUACAUAAUCCAAAAGAUAGGAACACCAUCCCUGAAAUUAAGAAACACCGUUGGUUUAGCAGAAGUUUCAAGUCGGGAGUAAAACGGCAGAGUGAGACACCAGUAAGCAAAAUAUCACGGACUGACUCUGGGCUGGUGCGCAAAAAUAGUGAUGACAGAGCACAGAUCUCCAGUUCUCAGCCUGAGCCACAGCCAUUAUGGGAAGAGAAAGAGGUUUCGGUGUAUUCUGAUGUCAGUGUUAGCUUCUCCCAGCCUGCCUGUCCUGAUCACAUGCUUCUGGGCAGCCAGCUUCUCGGCACACCAGGUGCCAGCCAGAACCCAUGGCAGAGGUUGGUGAGGAGAAUGACCAGGUUCUUUACAACUGUGAAUGCGGAAGCAUCAUCCAUUGCUCUCCGUGAUGCCUGUAUAGCUAUGGGUCACACAUGGAAGCAAAGCUGCACCAAUCAGGCAACAGUGUCCACUAUGGAUCGCCGCAACAAUAAACUGAUCUUCAAAGUGCACUUCUUGGAAAUGGAGGAACGCAUUCUAGUAGAUUUCCGUCUGUCAAAGGGAGACGGUUUGGAAUUCAAGAGAACUUUCCUGAAGCUGAAACAGAAACUUUCUGACAUUAUUAGUAACCAAAAGGUUUUACCGUUGAUUUGAUGCAUGUCCGCAAAAAAGAAAUUCAUAUUCUACUUUCUCACAUGCAUACACUAAGUUUGAAAUGUUAAACAUGUGUUCAGUUAUAUAUUUUUGUAGAUGUAAAUGUUCGUCUGAUUCGUGAAUGAAGGAGUGGAGAGAAAAUGCUAGUUCAUCUGUUCAUUACUGUUCUGUUACUGUGAAAAGAAUGUUCAAAACAUCUCUGACUCAAUAACUAAAAGAUGUGUGGUUCUUAAUGUUAAACUCAUUGAAAUUUCAAAUAAAUCUUUUGUCUAAUAA